UGGCCCCAGAACAACAGCUUAGCACUCUUCCCCCGCUCUCUCCUCUUGCACAGGCUGGGCAAGCAGAACUACAGAGGCAGACAGGCACCACCAUGCAGGGACCGAUGGUUCUUCUGUGUCUGGGACUCCUCACCACCUCCUGCAUAAGCCAGGACUUGGGGACUGAGCAGGAACCCGCAAACCCAGAUGCUGAUAACACUGGGGGAGCAGAGGAAGAGGAGGACCCCUUUUACAAGGUGCCCGCGAACAAGCUGGCAGCCUCCAUCUCCAACUUCGGCUACAACCUGUACCGCCAGAGGUCCAGCCAGAGGCCCACCGACAACGUCCUCCUGUCGCCCUUCAGUGUCGCCACGGCCCUCUCAGCCCUAUCGCUGGGCGCAGGAGAACGAACAGAAACCCUCAUCACCCGUGCUCUCUUCUACGACCUGCUCGACAAGGCGGAGGUCCACAGCACCUACCGGGGCCUCCUGGCCAGCCUUGUGGCCCCCGCCAAAGGCCUGAAGAGUGCCUCUCGCCUCGUCAUGGAGAGAAGACUGAGAAUGAAAAUGGGGUUUGUCAGUGAGCUAGAGAAAUCGUACGGAUUCCGGCCUAGAGUAUUGACCGGAAACCCCCGCGUGGACCUGCAAGAGACCAACAACUGGGUGCAGCAGCAGACCAAUGGGAAAGUCAUCAGGUUCCUGCGGGAGAUCCCCGAUGGAAUCAGCAUCCUUCUCCUUGGGGCAGCGUACUUCAAAGGAAAAUGGUUGACCAGAUUUGACUCCAAACUGACUAGGCCGCAGAAUUUCCACUUGGAUGAGGACAGGACUGUGAGCAUCCCCAUGAUGACUGGCUCAAACGCCCUCGUGAAAUAUGGCUUUGACUCCGAGCUCAACUGCAAGAUUGCCCAGUUGCCCCUGGAGGGGAGUGUCAGUGCCCUGUUCUUUCUGCCCCAAAGCGUGACCCAGAAUAUGACGCUGAUUGAAGAGAGCCUCACCUCGGAGUUUGUCCACGACAUCAACAAGCAACUGAAGACCAUCUGUGUGGACCUGCGUAUGCCGCGGCUCAAGCUGGCUUCGGAGGUGGCCCUGGCUGACACUCUCAAGGAAAUGCGGCUCCAGGCGCUCUUUGAGACCCCCGACUUCAGCAAGAUCGCUGCUAAGGCCAUCAAGGUCUCUCACGUGCAGCACAAAGCCAGCCUGGAAAUGAACGAAGACGGGGUCGGAUCAGUGCCCCCACCACGGGCGGCGGAGACCCCCUGCCCGAGCUUCCACAUAGACUACCACUUGGACAGACCGUUCUUGCUGGUGGUCCAGGACAGUGAGACAGGAGCUCUCCUCUUCAUUGGGAAAAUCCUUGACCCCAGAAGCACUUAGGCCCCCUCCCUCCGCCAGAGCAGCCCACCUGGGAAGUGGGCCGAUGGUUCUCCAUACGCCUCCCGUGCCCCAGCAGCAUUGUGCCUGAUGCGCUGCGAUAAAACGCCUUUUGCUUUCGACGCGCCCCAAGGCCAACUAGCUUCUUGGGUCAGUACCACCUUUUACUUUGCCCCAGUACCUUGUAGCUGAUAGGAAAUCUGUCCAAAAGGAAGACAAUAGGGUGUAUAUGUGUGUGUGUAUGGGCAAUAAUUAUCUUUAUUUUGUUGUGUCUUUUGCAUCAACUCUAAUUGUAGCAUCCAGGGAGACUUUUCAGGGCAAUAAAUGCAACAUUCUCUACCAAGGGCACACCAGUGAGCCAGGAUCUGUGUGUCUGUGUGCGCGCAUGCAAGUGCAUGCCCUUUCAGUAGCAGUCCCUUGUACAUUGCAGGGUAUGCGUGACAGAGUAACGCCUUCGGAGCUGCAAAUGAUUUGCCGCCAGAAGGGGAGGCAGCCCCCAAAUGAAAACCUGCAGUCUCCCACUCACAACAAAUAUUUGAUCACUUAGUCGAAAAGAUACCUUUCCAGCCUUCCGGCUGGGGGAGCUCAGCCUCCGACCCUGCAACUAUCCCACGGCUGCUGCUGAUGCAAGAAGGGUCCCCUGACCCUUCCAGGCCACCCCACCUGAUGCCCAGGAUACCACCAGU